AUGUUGUCCCUCCUGCUAAUCCUCACAGGGCUGGGCCGGCUGGCCUCCGCAGGCCAUCACUCUGAAACAGCACGUCUACAUAUUACAGUGCCACGGAAGACUGAGAGAAACACCAAAGAUGGCAGUAUUUCAGAAACGCAUGUCACCUAUUCCAUCCAAAUUGCCAAGAAAACAUACACUCUCCCACUUGAAAAACAGUCAUUUUUAGACUCUAAUUUCCUGGUGUAUUCACACAACAAGUCGGGGAUGUUAUAUCCAGAUUCUUCAUUUAUAAAGGGCUAUUGCUUUUAUCAAGGAUAUGCCACAGAGAUUCCAAAUUCAGUUGUGACACUUAGUACCUGCUCUGGACUCAGGGGAUUAUUGCAGUUUGAAAAUGUCAGUUAUGGAAUUGAACCACUGGAAUCUUCAACUACAUUUGAGCAUGUGAUUUAUCUGAUAAGGGAUAAAAAAAGUGAUUUUUCUCCCAUAACAGAAAAUAAUUCUACCACUCAAUUUGCAGAUCAAUCCUACAAAAUUCUUGUGAAAUCAAAUAAAGAUUCAGGUGUGAUGUUGAAAAGAGUUCUGAAAAUAUGUGUCAUUAUGGAUAAAGCUUUGUAUGAUUAUAUGGGCUCUGAAGUGGCAAUUGCAUCUGAGAAAAUUAUCUAUAUUUUUAGUCUAAUCAACACUAUGUAUUCUCAGCUUCAAGUGUCUGUUAUGUUAACUUCUCUGGAGAUCUGGUCAGAUCGAAAUAAGAUUUCAACUGAUGGGGAUGCACAUGAUGUACUACAAAGAUUUGUGUCCUGGAGAGAAACAUUUUUAUUACAAAGGUCCCAUGAUUUGGCAUACUUAUUAGUUUACAGGGACCAUCCUACUUAUGUAGGAGCAACAUAUCAUGGAAUGGCAUGUGAUCCAAAGUUUGCUGCAGGGCUUGUUCUGUAUUCAAAGAUGAUAACUUUAGAGGCAUUUUCAGUUAUUUUCACACAGUUACUUGGAAUUAUGCUGGGAUUAAGGUAUAAUAAUGACAUCUACGAAUGUUCCUGUCCAGGCACUGCAUGCAUAAUGAAUCCUGGAGCAAUACCUUCCCAUGGCAUAAAGUUUUUUAGCAGUUGCAGCAUAGAUGAAUUUAAACAUACAACUUCACAACCUAAAUUUGAAUGUCUUCAGAACCAAACAGUUCCGAAAGUGGUUCCACAAGGAAGAACUUCAAUCUGCGGCAAUGGGAUUUUGGAACCACCUGAGCAAUGUGACUGUGGGGCCAAGGAGAGCUGCGAGCAUCUUAAAUGCUGUGAUCCUUUAACCUGUGCACUGCUUGGAAACGCGGACUGUGGUUCUGGACCAUGUUGUGGAAAAAAAACUUGUAACGUACUUGAGAGAGGAAUACUGUGUAGGAAAAGCAAUGAUCCAUGUGAUUUUCCAGAAUUUUGCAAUGGGGAGUCUGAAUUUUGUGUACCUGAUAUGAAAGCUGCCGACUUACAAACAUGCAAUAAUAAAUCUUCCUAUUGCUUUGGAGGAGUAUGCCAAGAUAGAACGAAGCAGUGCCAGGAUUUGUUUGGAAAAUUUGCUAAAGAAUCUAGCUAUCAGUGUACAGAGGAAGUGAAUUUUCUUAAUGAUUUAUUUGGAAACUGUCGAGGACGUCCUUGUUAUUUUCACCAGCUCCUUUGUGGAAAGUUAGUUUGCCACUGGACACAUUCACUUAUAGUACCAAGGGAUGACAUUGAUAUUCAGUAUACCUACCUUGAAGGCCAUAUAUGUAUGUCAGCAAGUUUCAGAGUUCAUGUACAGUCAGACCCUACUAUUACAAAAAAUGGAACCAUGUGUGAUCAGGAGAAGUUUUGUUACAGUGGUGGUUGUCUUGACCUCUCUCAAUACAGUCAGUAUCAAAGCUGCGACCCAAAUAUCAAAUGCAGAGGACAUGGGGUUUGCAAUUCUCACUUAAAUUGUCACUGUGAUGCUGGAUAUGUGCCCCCAGAUUGUUCAGAUACACCCUCAUCACCAGGAGGAAGUAUCGAUGAUGGAUUUUGGAAUUUAGACGAAGAUACAUCUAAAACUACAGACUUGAUAAAACGACGUGGUGCCUCUCAAAAAAAUAACCUUAUGAUCAGUCUCUACGUUUUCCUACCUUUCUUCAUUUUAACUGCUAUCAUUGCUCUUAAAUGGAAUAAAAUGAAGAUAUUUUGGAACAAAGAGGGAACAAUAAGUGGGGAAUCUCCAUCAGAAAUCAGCAGUAGUAACAGCAAUCAGUCUUACAGGGGAAGAGUUUUUAUAGGUAAAAUUUGGGGCAAGGGCUGUGAGGUGUUGAACUUCCCUCUGACUGGUUGGUGGUCAGAUAACAGGGUUGUGUUCCAGCCAUCUCAGUCAUCAGCCUUUCCAAUCAGUGUGGGUCCACUUGAUUGUGCUCAGCCUGAAGUGACCUCCUCUGUCUGGGUUGAGGCGGCCCUAGUUCCUGCUGAAGAACUAAAGCUGCUGCUUCAACCUUCUGUUUCAAAAGUGAUUCUGCACUUUCUUAGCCAGAAGGCAGAGUCGCACCGGGUUGCAGCCUCCUCCAGCAUAGGCUCAGGGGCCCAGGCCGCCCACGUUGAACAACACACAGCAUCCGGAGUCUGGACCCGCGGCUCUCCCCGCUGCCUGCCUCCGGCCAUGUGCGUGGCCGGGGCCGGGGCCUGGGCGCGCAGUCGAGCCAACGGCCGUCACUCGGCCGGCGUCCAGGACAUCAAGCCAUGUUGUGCCUUCUGUCUCUGCUCCUGGGGCUCACCGGGCUUCAGACAGACGACAAUUCUGAAAGACUACGUGCGCAGUUCACAGUUCCGGAGAAAAUACGGUCAACAUCAAGUGGAGGAGUAG